AUACAAAUUUUAGUUUGUACGCAUAUUUUUUUAUUUUGUUCAUAAUCCAAUUCACUUAAUGUAAACUACUCAGAUAUUUUGGUAUCAUGAUCUGUCUCACCAGCUACAUUUGCUAAGGAGCCAAGUAGAUAUUUAACUUACAAAUUGUUUAAAAAUAGAGUUUUUUUAUAGUGUCUAUAAAUUAUACUCUUUGAAAUCCCCUUCUGUAAUGUUCUUUUUAAUUCUUGUGUGCUGGUGGCUGUUAUUUACCAAGAUUUAGUAAUCAUUCUGCUGCAGAUAAAGAUUGAGAAAUAUUCUCGGAGAACCUCAGCACAGGCUUUUUAUUAUGUGAACCUUCGUAUAAUACUGUUGCUAAGGUCUCAAAAUUACCAAAUGUACUAUUUUGAAACAUUAAAAUAUAAUGUUUGCAAUACAUCACUUAUUGAAUAUCAAAGAAUUAAGGGAAUAUUUCAAUAUCGACACGUGCUUCAAAAUGAUCUCUAUCUCUUGGUUUUGAUGACUUUCGGAGUUACAAGAAAUCUAUCUAAACCAUCACAGAAGAUAACUAACUUUAAAGCAACAAUAUGUUUCACGAGCUCUUAAUGGCCCUGAGUGGCUUUCCUGGUACAAUUUUCUAUCAUUCAUCCAAGGAACAAAAUAUUACGGUUUCAUCAUGUGUUCCAAAUUUACACCCUGGUGAGAGAAAUAUUCUGGAUCGUCUAUGUUUGAUUGCAACAAAAUACAGACGUUUACAUGAUUUUGGGAAAGUACAUAAAUUUUCUGCAGAUUUAUCUGGAGAUCCUUACGAAGUCAAAGGUCUUUAUUUAAAGUCAUUUUGUUGUGGUUUAGAAACAGUUCUCAACAUGUAUCAACAAGAACUUGUUGAAAUUGAGCAAGAGUUGUUAAAAGAUCCUUUUCUGCCUCUGACCCACUUUCUAAAGCUAGAAAAGUGGGAUCCUCUCUUUGAAGUACUAUGCAGUAUAGUGAAAGAAAUUCAAGAUGAACAGAAAAUGACCCAUGGUUGUAGAAUUUUAGAGCUACUCUUCAAACAUUCUGUAUCUGGUGUUCCUCUCAUUGAAGUUGCCAUUAAUAAAAUUCUUCAAAGUUGCCAUUCUGUUAUGUAUCGACAAGUUUUUUCUUUAAUGAUGAAUGGAAGUGUUGAAGAUCCAUUUAGGGAAUUUUUUAUUCAGCAAGAUACAUCUGCAAAAAGACCACAAGGCAACAGUAACUUUGCUUCUGAUAAGGAUAAUGUAAAAUACAUUAUAGAACCUACACUUCUUCCCUCGUAUAUACCAUCUAACUUAGCAGCAAAAGUUCAAUUUGUUGGUGAAUAUGUUUCUAUUUUGGGAGCAACUGAAAAUUCAGAUUCUUACUCCUUGUUUUUAAAAAAAGAACGGGUUUUUGCUAAGAAAUUUGAGAAACUAAUUGAGAAGCCAUCAUUUUCUCUACUUAAUUUUGAAACAACGGUUGAUGAUAUUCGAAAGUGUGCAUCUGAGUAUUUAUGGGAUGUGAUUGUUAAGCAAUGUAAUGUGAAAAAUCAUUUUAAAAUCCUCAAAGAUUUUUACCUUUUGGGAAAUGGAGAGCUAUUCCUCAACUUCAUUUGUGAAGCUAACCAACUGUUAAGAAUGCCAAUGACUUUAUCUGCAGAAACAGAUGCAAGUAAAUUAUUUACUUCUGUUGUCCGAAGAAUUUAUCCUGAUGAUGAAUUGAUAACUGAAAAGUUCCGUAUUGAAUUUCAAGAAAAAAGGAAGAAUAUUGAAGACAUAGACAAAGGUACCUUAUCUAAAGCAAAACUCGAAACUGGAUGGUCUGCUAUAAGUUUGCACUAUGAUGUACUUUCACCUCUUCACAUUCUUUUUACUCCUAAUGUUAUUGAUCAGUACAAUAUGGUGUUCAGAUUCUUGUUAUCACUUCGUAGAGCACAAAUGGAACUGCAUCAGUGUUGGGCCUCACAAAUGCAAAAUAAAAGAAAUUGCCUUGAUUCCUCAUUAAUACCUUUUUGGACCUUAAGAUCUCACAUGUCUUUUCUGAUUGAUAACUUUCAGUAUUAUGUGUUGGUUGAUGUUUUAGAAUCUCGUUUCUGCAAACUAAUCUCUAAAAUGGAAAAUGUGAAAGAUUAUGAAGAAUUACAACAGUCUCAUGAACAGUUUUUGACUGAUGUAAUUUCACGAUGCUUCUUGGAACUAAAAACGGUGCAUUUGUCUCUUAAUGAAAUUUUAGAGUUGUGUUCAUCCUUUUGUAACCUUAUGAGUAGAUUAAGUUCAACUCGAAGUCAAAAAGAAAUAGCCCAGUUUGAAAAUCUGAAGCUUGUAUGUAUAUUAUUGUUUUAUGUCAAUUGUGUUGUUUAUAUCUGUCGUGGAACAAAUACUUUUUUUUUCUUUUCUUUUUUUGCACUGAACAUAACUGGAUCAGCCGAAUUUUAGAAUUCUAUUUGCUUA